GGUCUCACUACGAGCGCGUCAAGCCGUUCUCCACAAUGGUCAGUGUGAUCAUAGUACUCGUGCUGGCCAUUGCGGGUGAAGCAAUGCAACAACCGAGGCUGGUUUACCCACGCCUACUCGAGGAACGUUCGGCUGACGGAAGAAUGGUGAUGCACCUGCACGAUCAACUGACGCUGAACCUCAGAAAGGCGUCGGUGGCGGCUCGCAACUUCCGCGUAUUGGAACAAGAAGACGGACGUGAAGUGACACAUUUCUUCAAUGGUGAAGACCUCGAACAAGAUCUCCAUGAGGAUGAGAAGCAAUUCGCCACUGUGCACGUCAGAAGAAGAGAUGGCAGCGUCGAAGUUGAAGGCGUGGUGGGACCACGCCACAGGAUCGAACCUGUUCACACAAUGGAAAGAUCCGAGGAGGGCCUGAUUGCCCACAUGAUACACGAAAUAGAAAUGAAAGACAUGCAUGACAUUGCGGUGGCACCGAUUGGGAAAGGUGCUCCGACUGUGAGUGAGAGGAAUUACGGCAGCACUCAAAAUGUUCCGCCUUCUGUCACGAUAGAGCUAUUCGUGGUUUCUGAUCGGCCCCAUCAUCAGCACUUCCAAACCACGAUUCAACUAAUACAAUACCUGUGCGUAAUGGUGAAUUCUAUGAACUUGAGGUAUGCUGACACCGAUUCCCCAAGAGUGAUUUUCUUACUAACCGGAGUCGAGAAAGACGAACAUAGCCCUUACAGAAAUGGCAACGAUAAAUAUUUGGAAAGCGCAUCUUCUCUGGAACAGUUUCGGUCAUAUGCAUAUGGCAAACGACACCAGUUUGGUAAUCCAGAUGUGACGUUCCUAAUAACUGGGUACGAUGUAUACUCUACAGCAAGUGGUGGAUCAAAGAGCACGAGUGUGUUAGGAAUUGGUUACGUUGGUGGCCUUUGCACCGAGUACUUCGUGGCCCUCGGCGAAGACAGCGCUGGUCUAUACACAGGAAUGCACACGCUAACGCACGAGUGUGGACACGUGCUUGGUGCCGCUCAUGACGAGAGCAGACCAGUGUCAUGGAUAAAAGGGGACCCAGGGUCAAUGGCAUGCCUCUGGAAGGAAGGUCACAUCAUGAGCUACGUUGACGGCGGAGUGAAACAUCAUCAUUUUUCGAAAUGCAGCUUGGCGCAAAUUCGAAACGUCGUAAUAUUGCGAGGACCGAGCUGCUGGCAGUUAAGCAACACGGGACACACGAAUGAUGGAAUAUAUCCCGGCAUGGAAGUAGCGCCCAACGCUUACUGCAGGCACGCUUUUCCCGACAAAGAAAACGUGACCGCUGACAUGGAGUCAGAUAGCAUGAAAAAGUGUAUGGUGAAGUGUCAGUAUCCAGAAUAUCGCCGGGUUUGUUAUAGUAGCCGUUGCUUCACAUAUGUCACGACUUACUCUCUUGAACUACAUGCACAAGACUACAUGCCCUGUGGAGGGAACAAGGUUUGCAUUCAAGGUGUUUGUGGGGAAGGAAAAAUUGUCAUGCCAUCACAAAAGCCAACUACAAUGACGGUAACUGCUGAUACUGAAGCAACAACGACGACAACAACGACGACAACAACGCCCACCACUGCCAGCACCGAGUGUCGCUGUGAUUGUAGCACUACAGCGUCUAGCACACAAACACGUGAUCAGGGGGAACGUACAUCUCCGCGUAGAAAAAGGCCUGAACGGUUCGGCAACCGGUGGUGGUAUUAUGGAAAAUAAACGUUCAUUUCAACAUAAAUAACAGGAGCCACAGCGAAGUUUAGUAUUCGGUACAUAACCCAACGAGUGC